AUGGGGUCUCAAAGAGUGAAGUCGAAAGACGAUAUCGACAGCGAAACUUUAACAGGAAUCGCCAAAACAUGCAAUGUACCCGAAGAGCAAAUCGAGGAUGUACACAGCUGUACUCCUCUCCAAGUCCGACUCAUUGCAAGAGCCGAAGUCUUCCAUCUAGCUCUUGCUUUCGGGCCUGAUGCUGAUAUUGAUCGGUUCUGCAAGUCUCUGACUCAAGUGGUCGCCGCGAACCCUAUCUUACGCACGCGGUUCGUCAAUACUCGCCUGGGUAUACUGCAGGUCAUUACGAAUGAAGAACACAUCACGCAAACCAACUCUGGAGACCUUGACGCGUACCUCAAUGAUGAGGAGGCACACAAACUGGGCCUGGGAGUGCCUCUUUUCCGAUCGACUGUUAUCGGCAGGAAGUUCGUGGCAACGAUCCACCACGCCGUGAUGGAUUACUGGUCCGUGACCACCUUUUUCAAGGAAGAUGUAGUGGGCGCGUAUCAUGGCCAAUCUUUAAAAAAACGACCUCCCUUCAAAGACUUUGUGGCACAUGUCGCGAGCAUCGACGAGUCUGCGGCACAGGCCUUCUGGAGUCCUCGAUUCAAAGGCGUUCCCUCACUUUUCCCAACCGUGAGCCCGGGCUUUGCUCCCCAUGCAAAGCAGAUAGGGACGCGGAAAAUCGCAUUGAAGGGAAUUGGCGAAGGAUUGUCCCCUUCACAUCUAUCUUCCUUUGUCGCGGCAGCGUGGGCUUUGACGACGGGUGUUUACACGGGCAGCGAGAACGUCGCGUUCGGUCUUGUAUUGUCCGGUCGUUCAUCUGGUUUAAACGGCCUGGAAAAUACUCUAGGGCCCACAUUGGCUGAAGUGCCGAUACAGGUUAACUUGCCGCGGAAUUUAACGGUCGAAAAACUCAUCAAAGAUCGUGCUACGGCUUUGCGCCAGUUGCAAACACAGCCUACCCUGCAAUAUGGUAUCCAGAGCAUCGGCGCCCUCAGCGAUGCAGCCCGUAUCGCUUCCGGGUUUCAGGCCUUGAUAAACAUUCGUCCACCGUUACCGAUCGCUGCAGAGGCGACAGAUGUCCAGUUUGAAAGUUUGUUGUGGCCGCAGGGAUCAUUUAGUCUUGAACUGGUGUGUAGCCUCUACGAUGAUGGAAUUUUAGUUGAACCGAGGAAUGAUCCUGCUGUUCUUGAUGAUCGCCAAUUAGAUCGAGUUUUGAACCAAUUCGAGCAUACAUUGCAACUGCUCACGGAGGUUCCAUCACAGACAAAACUGGGGCAACUCCAGUUAUUAAAUCCACGCGAUCGUGCAGAGAUCCUAGAAUGGAACAAAAGCAUUCCUGAUUCGGUCGAACAGUGUGUACACGACGUGUUUCGUGCUCAAGCUCGCGCGCGCCCGGAACAAGUCGCAGUGGAAGCUAGCGAUGGGAAACUGAGCUACGGUGAACUAGACAAAUUGUCGGAUCGUCUUGCGAACGAUUUACGGAGGAGGGGUGUCGCUACUAACAAGCCUGUGGCUCUGAUAUUUGAAAAGUCUCUUUGGGCUAUUGUUGCCGUGCUUGGGGUCCUCAAGGCGGGCGGAGCAUGUGUACAGAUCGAUAAAUAUGCUCUGUAUGACUACAGAGCUGCUAUUGUCUCUACCACAGACGUCAAGAUCGUUUUGACAUCGUCUGCAGAGUACAGCAACUCCGCUAAUCUGGCACCGGAUGUUUUUGCCGUCAGCGAAGAAUCUAUGGCUGCACUUCCAGAGCAUAAUGGGCCUGUUGGUAAAGGGACGACCUCUCCAAAUGAUCUUGCCUAUAUCGUUUCUACCAGUGGAAGUGGCACGACGGCCCCGAAGGCAGUUAUGCUUGAGCACCGCAACCUGGUUUCGUCUUUGACCUCCCUCGCCGAACGACUCGGCUUGCAGUCUGAGUGCCGGGUGCUUCAAUUCGCCGCCCCUGUUUCCAAUACCAUUAUUGGCGAAAUGUUCGCGGCUCUCUUGUUCGGCGGAUGCCUUUGCAUACCGUCCGAGGCGGCGAGUGCAUUCAAUCUCGCUGGUUUCAUACAGUCCAGCAAAGUCAACUGGGCAUUUCUACCCCCAGGAGUAAUCCGGACGAUGUCGCCUGAUGAGUCCUCUAGUUUACAAUCCUUGGUCUCACUCGGUGAGCCCAUUGACGUCGAGACCGCGAACACUUGGGCCAGUGCAGUCCGAUUCUUCAACGGCUGGGGACUAUGCGAGGCAACCUUCCUCAGCACCAUCGCAGGAUUCAGCCCGAACUCAGAGUCCCCAGAAAGCAUCGGCCUCCCACUCGGUAGUGCUACCUGGAUUGUCAAACUCGGAAACCCCAACGAACUCACUCCCAUCGGCGACGUUGGCGAACUCUGGAUCGAAUCGCCGUCCGUCGCGCGCGGCUACCUCAACGACGACCCUAAAACAUCCACUUCCUUCAUCUCGCCACCUCUCUGGGCCUCAACCUUCCAGCGAAACGCAACCCGCUUCUGUCGCACCGGCGAUCUCGCCAAAUACAACGCCGACGGAAGCAUCUCCUUCAUCGGUCGCCAAGACAACCAAGUUAAGCUAGGUGGACAGAAAGUCCAACUCGAGGAGCUGGAGAGUCUUCUGGCCCGCUGUGCCCACAUUCGGGAGAUCGUCACCUCCGCGAAGAUCUCGGCCGGUCGGACGCAACUAGUUGCGAUCGUCUGUUUGGUGGAUCCGCGAUUUCCGAGGACUGCUGUGCUUCAGGAGUUGCCGGAUACUGAGAGGGAUGCUGCGAGUGAACGGCUGGAUCAAGUUCGUGACUACGCUCGGUCUAGGUUACCGGCUGAGAGGGUGCCUACUAUUUGGUUGAUGGUUGAGCGGUUGCCUCGAACCGUGUCGGGGAAGCUGGAUCGGGGGGCUAUAAGGGAGUGGUUGAAGGUUAAGGUGCAAUCUGUUGUGACGCCGCGGACACCGAUGUUUUGA